AUCUUUCUGAAAGCUUUUCGAGGAAAGAAGAAGAAGAAAGAGUUUGAGUUGGAAAUCAAGAUGGCAAGACACAGAAGUAUAUUGAAGACCACAGAGGAACCUACAGUUGUGUUUGGUGCCCAGGAGUAUGCUUGUCUGUUUUGCUAUAAAAGAACAGAUUAUGCAGACAUCAUCAGCCACUUACAGAGCCACAAAAGGACAGUAGUUGUUCAUGGAGGUUUCAAAAUAUACAAGUGUUCACUGAACUGCCAGGGAUCAGGCCACUACCACUGCUGUUAUUGCCAGAAAACAGUAGUUCGUAAAGAUCAGUUCCUCAGGCACUUGUCAGAGUGUGGCAAAGGUCCCAAAGCGCUCUCUGUGCCCACGGCACCGGUUGCCUCUCAGCCUAUGCCCACAGCACCGGUGGACGCCCAGCCUCUGCCCUCCGUGCCCACGGCACCGGUCACUGCCCAGCCACUGCCCUCCGUGCCCAUGGCUCCAGUUGCUGCCCAGCCUCUGCCCACUGCAUGGGUCACCACCCAGUCUCUGCCCUCCAUGCCCACGGCACUGGUCGCCACCCAGUCUCUGCCCUCUGUGCCCACGGCACUGGUCGCCACCCAGUCUCUGCCCUCUCUGCCCACUGCACUGGUCACCACCCAGUCUCUGCCCUCCAUGCCCACGGCACCAGUCGCUGCUCAGCCUCUGCCCUCUGAAUUCCAUAAGGUGGUCCAAGCCAAGAUCAGAAAGGUAAAAUGUUCUCUUUGUAACCUCAGACUGAACAAAAAGAACCUUCGAGUGCACAUGAAGAGAAAACACUCAAGCUGUAAGCAAGGGAUUAGUACAGAACAUCAUCUUAAAUCCAUGUGUAUUGACAAGGCUAGAGGAAUAUUUGCUGUUGCAAAAGCUUUCCACGGUGAAUCCAUUCCAGUGCACGUUCAGAAGAAGACCUGGGGUUCUACAUAUAAAAUUCUAUGUGAAAUGGAUGUUUGCCGGCGUAAUUCGGAUUUUGCACUAAGGAAUGGACUAAUGGCCUUUGAUUGUCAACACAGUCAGUCCCUUUCAUAUUGUCUCCCAACAGGCAAAACAGAUGUGGUCCUAACUGAGGAAGUGCUAAAUGACAUGGUUAGGGAAAAGUGGAUUGGAGAACAUAAAAAAGAACAAUGCUUGAAAAGGCAACGUGAAGCUACAGAACAUGGCAUUACCUUAAGCAAUGAGGUCACACUGAAUGAUAAAAGUUCAAAGCAGUUCAUAUCAGUGUAUGAGCCCAAAGUGUCCUAUUAUAGUAGACUUGCCAGGGUUUCUGCAUACUAUGACAUCAAGUGUAAGUCCUGGCACUGUCCAUGUUCCAAACCACGAAUGUCAUGUUUGCAUAAAUAUAUAGCAAAAUGGCAUCUUUUUCAGACUAAUAGGGAAUGUUUUAAGAGAGUUAAGAGCACAGAAGACUGAGAAGAAUUCAAAAUAGGAAAUACAAAGGACACCAGCUGGUCAGAAUCUGACAGUGUAUGAAAAGAAACCCUUUAUCCACCAAAGAGAGAUGGUCUUGUUAAAAUGGUAACAUAUCUAUACCGUAAAAAACGAAUUCCAGCAGUCCUACCUACUGAGGUAUGUGCUCCACCUGACUUUCAUAACCUUCCCAAGCAUCUACAGUAUACUCAAUCAAAUUUAACAUUCACGCAGAGAGUCCAAGGGACUAUACAGAUAUUUUACUGUCUUGGAAGCACUUUCCAAAUAUCUGCAUUUAUGAUUUUGCAAGAGGAUUAGCCACACAUACCAAUCUGAGGGUGCCACAGGUUCAGCCUUUCAGUCCAAAUGAGGAAAGAUUUGCCGAAUCAACGCCCCAAAAUAUUGUGCUUGCCAAAAAGGGAGAAUUGAGGAUUAACCUUCCAUGUCUUUUAAAGAGAGAGGAUUCUGAUUCUGGUCCUGAUGUGCAUCCUGUCAGUGGCUCAUCUGUGCUUUAUGCUCUUUAUGAUACAUUUCACGAGCAUAAUACCAAGGAUGCAAAGGAUCUAUUAUGCAGAAUUGAGCUUAUGCCUGAGUUGGCUGGAUGGCUUAACAGUCAAUCUGCAGAACAACUUCUUGCAUCUUUGAAAAAAAACAAUUACUUCAUGAACUUGCUUUCACCUUCUGCUCACAUUUUUUGAUGAGGUCAAUUAUACACUUUAGGAAUAGUACAAAAACAAAAAAACAAUUCAAGAAUAUCAAAAUGUCUUUGGUCGUGACCCCAAAAUCGAACUUGAUUGUCAUGGAAGAGCAAAAUUAUCCUUGGAUAUGACAAGUACACAAAAGCUCUUGAAAAGAGGUCAUCCUUUUGAAAGCAAGCAUGAGGCUACAAAAGUCUUAAUCAAUUAUGAAGAAUCUAGUGAAAUGGACAACAGUGAGUCGGAGGCUAUAAUGGCAAAAACAUUGCUUUGGAAUCGGGAGCCUAAUCUUGAGCAAAAACAAUUGCUUUCAUACAUUCUUGAUUCAAAAGGAAUUCCUACUGAAGAAAUAGCCAGAAUUGAUAACACUGUCUUAAAACCCUCUGACUUCCUACCUCUUGGCCUGUCUACAGAAUUGGAAGCAACUGUGAGUACAGCAUAAGCUGCACUAAGUAUCUUGUGAUGUGAAUGUAAAAUCAAUUGCAGUUAAUUCUGCUUGUAGAUUAUGGUUGUUAAAAUCAUCAGUGUCUUUAAUUAUACUGUUUUUUUGG